ACCUGGCAGCCUCAGGUGUGAUGUUAUUGAGCCGCCCAACCUGGGCUGCACCAGCCUGGCGUGCAGCAGGAAGGUUGAGGGCAUGGCGGAUGCCAUCGCUCCAGUGCGACCACUGUUGUCCGCCUCAGCACAUUGCGCUUCCGUGUGGCUACGUCCGCGAGGCGGCCAACAGUAGCCUUCCCACUGGAGCUGCGGCUGUGCUUCAUGCUGCUGGUCCGUGGUGCUCCUGUGAAAUGCAAUGCGCUGAAUGUCGGUUGGCUGGCACUUGGCUGCCGCUGGCAGUGUGAAGACAUGACGCCUGCCAUGGAGCCGCUCAGCCUGGACUGCUCCUUCCAGGAAGGCUGAGAGGAUGUAUGUGGAUGGUGUUGUGCCAGUGGCCAUGGCCAUGGUUUUAAUGCGAGUGAUUCCCCUUUUGUUGAUGAUGUUGUCUGCUUGUGGCAGGGAGUCCCUUGAUUGACACUGUCCACCAUGCAUAGGUUGCUUGAUUGAUUGCCUCCAACCCAACGGGAGACCGUACAGUCGUUAAGCUGAACAAGAGCAACAUACGGUAUCAUAUUCCUCCUCUAUCUUCCAGUACGGCAUGCUUUGGCUGGUUGUACUGAACUAUCACGUAGCCCAGUGCAGUACUUCCCAGUGUAAGGGCGUAUUCCUACGAAGUGGUGUUUAGUACCAUGAUAGUAAUAAACACGUAUGAACACC